AUGUCAAUUGAGUUAAAAUAUAACAAUUUAGGGAAUUCUGGAUUAAAGAUUGCUCCAGUUAUUGUUGGAUGUAUGACUUAUGGGUCAAAAGAUUGGGCUGAAUGGGUUAUGGAAGAUGAAGAAGAAAUUUUCCGAAUUUUAAAGAAAUGUUAUGAUGUUGGGUUACGUACCUUUGAUACUGCUGAUGUUUAUUCCAAUGGUAAAUCCGAAGAAUUGUUAGGUAGAUUUCUUAAGAAAUAUAAUAUCCCUCGUGAUCGAGUUGUUAUUUUGAGUAAAUGUUUCUUCCCAGUUGAUGAAACAACCCCUGGCUUUAACUUGGUUAAUAGAGACAAAUUCCCCGCUGUUGAUUAUUAUAAUUCCCAAGGUCUUUCAAGAAAACACAUUUUCGAUGCCGUUGAAAAUAUUAAACGCAGAUUGGGGACAUAUGUUGACGUAUUACAAAUCCAUAGAUUGGAUCAAUCUACUCCAAAGAGAGAAAUCAUGAAAGCAUUGAACGAUGUUGUUGAUCAAGGAUAUGCUAGAUAUAUCGGUGCUUCCUCAAUGAAAGCCACCGAGUUUGUCGAAUUACAAUAUAUUGCUCAAACCAAUAAUUGGCAUAAAUUCAUUAGUAUGCAAAAUUACUAUAAUUUGAUCUAUAGGGAAGAAGAAAGAGAAAUGAUUCCAUAUUGUCAAAAAAAUGAAAUUGGAGAAGUCGGUAUUAUUCCGUGGUCUCCUAUUGCAAGAGGUGUUUUAGCAAGACCAGCUGGGAAAGAAUCAGAAAAUAAAAGAGAUAAGAGUGAUAGAACUUUCCAGAUGUUACAUCUUGAUAGUUUGUCAGAAUCUGAAAAAGAGAUAAUUGGAAGGGUUGAAAUCUUAGCUAAAAAGCAUAAUGUUAGCAUGGCAGCUCUUGCUACCAGUUGGGUUAUUGGUAAGAAGUGUAAUCCAAUCGUGGGUCUUUCUUCUGUUAAGAGAGUGGAUGAUAUUUUAGUGGCUACUACUAUUGAGUUAACUGAAGAUGAAGUCAAAUACUUAGAGGAGCCUUAUGUUGCAAAGGCUAGCUUGUUUUAG